AUGGCAUCAAAAAUCUUGGUCCUGGGCAAUGUCAAUUGCUCCUUUCAACAAGUAUUCACCAAGGUCGCCAAACUUCAAAUAAAGCAGAACUUCGCGUUUGCCAUUAUAGUUGGCGACCUAUUUGGUGAGGGCGCAAGCGAGGAGGAACUGAAUCAAAUUUCAGCUCUACUCGCGGGCAAUGUUGCCGUUCCUCUGCCAACAUACUUCAGUGUCGGCAAACAUCCGAUUCCGACUAGGGUUGUUGAAAAAAUUCAGGCAGACGAUGAAGUAUGCCCUAACCUGUAUUUCAUCGGAAGAAGGGGCACAUUAAAGACAUCAGAAGGCAUCAGAAUCGCUACUCUCGGAGGUGAGGUCGCUACAGACGGCCAUUCCGACCCAAACAUCAACAAGAGAUUUCACUCGCUCUAUACGGAAUCUGACGCUCGUUCGCUUUACGGCGUUCAUGAUACUGACAUCUUGAUUACGUAUGAGUGGCCUAAGGGUAUCACAGCACGGUCUCAGGUUCUUCUAUCAGACGGCAAAGUAGCACCUGAAGGCGUUCAGUGCGUAGCUGAUGUUUGCUCGACAUUGAAACCGCGGUAUCAUUUCUCCUCCAAGGCCGAUUUUUUCUACGAACGAGAACCGUUCUUUCACGUGCCGACAGAUGACAAUCCGGACGUGAAAUCUUUGACUCGUUUUAUCAAUAUGGCUCCUUAUGGAAAUACAGCAGGGCAGAAAUGGAUGUAUGCGUUUACAUAUGAUCCGAAAGCCCCAAUUCCCGAUACUGUACCUACCGGUACCACAAUAUCCCCUCUUACCAGUGUUGCUAGAAAGAGACCUGCCUUGGAGAGUCAAAAUGAAGGCUUUCAUCGAUUCUCAAGGGGCAGUAAUGAGAGACCCCAUAAACGCGCGCGACGGCCUCCACCAGGCCCGGGAGAGUGCUUUUUCUGUCUAUCUAAUCCGAACAUUGCUACACACAUCAUUACCUCAAUAGGCAAUGACGCUUACCUGACCACAGCAAAAGGUCCGCUCACAAAGUCGGAUACCUACCCGCUCUUAGGCUUUCCUGGCCAUAUGUUGAUAAUCCCUCUCAUACACUCCCCUACGUUCACAUCGAUAGCGGAUCCCGAGGCGCGAAAGAGCACAUAUGAUGAGAUGCAACGGUACCGUAAUGCAUUAAACGAUAUGGUUCGUGAGAAAAGCAAAAGCAGUCUGGGAUCAGUCACCUGGGAAGUCAGUCGUGGCAAUGGUAUCCACGUACACUGGCAAUACCUCCCUGUUGCGUCGGACUUAAUUGCCAAAGGCUUGGUAGAAGCGGCGUUCAAAGUCGAAGCCGAAAACUUGCAAUACCCAAAGAUCACAUCCUCUUCAAAUGAAGAUGGCGCAAACGAAGUCGGAGAUUACUUUCGAGUCUGGAUAUCACGACCCGCAACCGACGCCGAUGACUCGAAGGAAGAAGCGGGGUCGACGAACGGUGGCUGGGAAAAGAUUUUGAUUCUGCCGCUGAAUCCGGACUUCAAAUUCGAUUUGCAAUAUGGUCGUCGGGUGAUGGCGAAGCUGUUACGACUCGAAAAGAGAAUAGAUUGGAGGGAAUGUGGGCAAUCGAUGGAGGACGAGGUUGCAGAUGUCGAGGCUUUCAAGGACGCCUUCAAGAAACACGAUUUCUCCCUGGAAGAAGAAUGA